CCUUGAUAAAAAUACCGUUUUUUGAGUCCGGAGAUCAAGUAUGGUCCGAUAUUGGAAGCAUCGUGGUGCAAAAAUACUCAAAAACAUAGAACCGCAUAUCCAGAAAUAUUUUCCUUAUCACAAGCCUGAGCUUGGAGGAACUUCCCCUCAGCAUGCUAGUAUAACGGGGAAAAAAGCAAAAGUACCUUUCGAUUAUGCGAUUGGGCAGAUAGUGCCGUUUUCACAAAGCUUAACAUCAUCAUUCCCAAAUAUUGUUAAGGUCCGCUUGCACAAGCUUUGCUUGAAUCGUUUCCUGAUGAAGUAUUUCUAUCAAACAGCAACAUACUGGGUUCAUACACAAGGCUCUUCGGUCAACAUUGGAGAUAUCGUGCUUAUUGAAAAGUCUGACCCACCAAUGGCAUUCAAUACCAUGUACAAACUAAAGAAAGUCGAGUUCCCGGUUGGUAAUCUGAUUGAUCCUGUCACAGGACUACAAUCCGAAGGUCCCGAGUAUUCCAUUGAAGCACUGAGGUCUAUUCUCAAUCGAGAGAACAAUACAUUGAAAAGUGUUGAAAACUAAAUGCAUUUCUACUUUAUUUUGAGAUAAAUAUUUACUUUUUUCAAUAUAGGGUUAAAGUGUAGCAACGUAUUGACUCUUAUUAAAGUACAACACUCCUUAUGUUUUAGUAGUAUAAUUUUACAGAAAUAGUGGCAAGAGGCUCAUGACCAUCCAUUAGAGAAUAUAAUUUCUGUUUUAUCGUGUAGGCAGGAAUUAAACCAAAAUAUUGAAAGUCAAGUAAUUUCAUAAUCUCUUGAUGUUCAUUUCAUACUGGGAGCCUUUUACAUAGUUUUUUAUAUAUUGUCAAAGUGUUUGUGUUUAUUCUUGCUUUUAUCUGUCUUACAAACAAUAAACACUAAACAUUUUGCGACCCUAA